GAGCAGUCGUAAAAAAUUUCGUUUGAAAAAUAGCCGCGUUUGGGUACUGGUACGGGUACGUACGAUCGCGGAUCGCUCGAGCCCCGAUUCAGAUGCAUUCCAGCAAGUGCAAAUUAUUGGGACAACACCCCUCGUGUAACGCGGAACGCGUUGGCCCCUCGAUUCAAAGAAUGAGUCACACGCAGGUGGGUAUCAAGGGAGAGAAGGAGGAGAGAGACCUGUUCCUGUCAGGAGCGUGUUUGUUGCGCACGCGGCGGCCUUUGAACCAAAUCUCUCAAUUCGCUCGCAUUUCGCAUUUUGGCUGGUUUUGUUUUGGAUGUGUGUGUGUGUGUGUGUUUGGUAUUAUUACUAUCUAUACAGUUUGUGACCUUAUUUUUCAAUCAUGCCAUUUUGCAAUCCGGAAUCGUGUGUUUCGUGUGUAUGACAUUAGAGAGGUGAAUGAGCAUGACUAGAAACAAAAAAGUCUGGAAAGGGGGAAACAAAGGUUUUGUGUGUAGUUGUGUGUACCUGACGCCGCCUAUCCACCCGUUUGACCCUGAAUUAAA